CAUUAUACUGACAGCCGACGAACCAAUUUGUAGUGUUUUUAUUUAUUGGCUAGUUGAAAAUUGUAUUUGCAUUUGCGGUUUAUAUAAAUAAGAUUUAACACAAAUACAAUUAAUUGGAUACUUUAUUUCUUCUUUUUCUGUCUAAAUUAAAAUGGUUGUAGGAUUUGUUGUACGAUCUGGACUAUUAAUAGGAACAAUAUAUUACACAAAGAAAGCCGGAGUAUGGGGUAAUCCUAAUGAGACAGAAAUUCUUUACAAUAAUAUAAAAAAUGAAUUACGACCCCAUAUCCAAAACAUCGAAAAACAAAUGCCUUUCGACAUUCCUGCACUACCACAAAGUGGAGAAUUGUGUUUCGUAGCCAAACACUAUUACAAUGAGGGCAUUAAAAAAUCGUUUAAUUUUAUUGAGAUGCUUCCAUGCUACACUGGUCAAAUGUUAAAAAAGGCUAAAGAUAAAUUUGAGGAGUUUGCAGAAUCCCCAAAGUCGACGAAUUAAGGAAUUAAAUCAAUUAAAUAAUGUUCUUUUAAAAUCAAUAAAAAAUCAAGUCAAAAAUUUCGCAA